UCCUAUCGUAAUUAUUCUCCAUCAUUUCAUUUCUCUUGCUUUCCCCAGGUUUCAAAGCGAUCAGCUCUUACCCUUACUCCAGUUUGUGUCUCCCCGAACCAGCCGUAAUUGUUCCAUUACCAACCUGGCCUGAUCUCCUCCCCCGUGUCUCCACUUCUUUCUCCACGCGUGCCUCGGCCGAUAGAACGUCGGCUUCUGAGCUGCCCCGGAUCCCCCUCCCAAAGGACAUACCCGUCUCUCUCCUCGGAUUCUCUUCUUUUCCAUAAAAUCACAAGCCCCCCGUUAUACCUUUUAGAAACAUUCUUCUUUUCUUCUCUCACUCUUCUCUCUCCCCCUACCUCCCCCUUUUAUCUCCCCCCACUCACAUCAGCCAACACACAAUAUGGCAGCUCCCCAAGUCAUUGUGGUCGGCGGUGGAUUGUCCGGCCUGAGUGCCGCUCACACCGUCUACCUGAACGGCGGCAAUGUCCUCGUUCUUGACAAGCAGGCUUUCUUCGGUGGCAACUCAACCAAGGCCACCUCCGGCAUCAACGGAGCCCUCACUCGCACUCAGACCGACCUCGGCAUUGGCGACAGCGUCAAGGCUUUCUACGAGGACACCCUCAAGUCGGCCCGUGACAAGGCCCGCCCCGACCUGAUCAAGGUCCUCACCUACAAGUCCGCCUCCGCCGUUGAGUGGCUGCAGGAUGUCUUCAACCUCGAUCUCACCCUGGUCUCCCGUCUGGGCGGUCACUCCUUCCCCCGCACACACCGUGGCCACGAUGCCAACGCCUUGAGGGAGCUCGCCGAGGCCGAGCCCACCCGUGUUCAGAUCGUCAAGAAGGCCCACGUCACUGCUGUCAACAAGUCCGGUAACAACGUGACCGGUGUGACCUACACUCUCAACGGCGAGACCAAGACCGCCGACGGUGUCGUCGUUCUGGCUACCGGUGGUUACGCUGCUGACUUCAGCGACACCUCCCUCCUCAAGAAGCACCGUCCCGACACCUACGGUCUAUCCUCCACCAACGGCACCCACGCCACUGGUGACGGUCAGAAGAUGCUCAUGGAGAUUGGUGCCAACGGCAUCGACAUGGACAAGGUUCAGGUUCACCCUACCGGUCUGGUGGACCCCAAGGACCCCAACGCCAAGUUCAAGUUCCUUGCUGCCGAGGCCCUCCGUGGCGAGGGUGGUCUCCUGCUCAACUCGGACGGCCAGCGCUUCUCCGACGAGCUGGGCCACCGUGACUACGUGUCCGGCCAGAUGUGGAAGGAGAAGGAGAAGGGCAAGUGGCCCAUCCGUCUCGUGCUGAACAGCAAGGCCUCCAAGGUCCUGGACUUCCACACCCGCCACUACUCUGGCCGUGGUCUCAUGAAGAAGAUGACUGGCAAGGAGCUCGCUGCCGAGAUUGGCUGUGGCGACGCUGCUCUGAAGAAGACCUUUGACGAGUAUAACCUCAUUGCCGAUGGCAAGAAGAAGGACCCCUGGAACAAGAAGUUCUUCCACAACCUCCCCUUCUCCAUCGACGACGAAUUCCACGUCGCUCUCAUGGAGCCCGUCCUCCACUUCACCAUGGGUGGUAUCGAGAUUAACGAGCACGCCGAGGUCCUGAACGGCGACAAGCAGCCCUUCAACGGUCUGUACGCUUGCGGUGAGUUGGCCGGUGGUGUCCACGGCGCUAACCGUCUCGGUGGUUCCUCCCUGCUGGGCUGUGUCGUCUACGGCCGUGUCGCCGGUGACUCUGCCUCGCAGCACCUCUUCCAGAAGCUCCUCAGCACUGGCUCGUCCGGUGCCCAGAAGCGUCUUGGCCAGAUCUCCCUGCACAUUGACCCCUCCACCCCCGGAAAGAUCUCCGUUGAGUGGGGCGGUGCCGCUGCCGGCGGUAGCCUGCCUUCCGUCACUGCUGCCCCCGGUGCUGCCUCCGCGGCUGCUGCCACCCCCGCCGGCGAGGACACCUCUGCCAAGACCGACCCCGUGGCCAGCUUCAAGAUUCCUGAGAAGGAGUUCUCCAUGGAGGAGAUUGCCAAGCACAACAAGAAGGAUGACCUGUGGAUUGUCGUCAAGGGUAUCGUCCUGGAUGUGACCAACUGGUUGGACGAGCACCCCGGCGGUGCCAACGCUCUGUUCAACUUUAUGGGUCGUGAUGCUACCGAGGAAUUCGCCAUGCUCCACGACGACGAGGUCAUCCCCAAGUACGCUGCCCAAACCGUCAUCGGCCGCGUCAAGGGCCAGACCCCCAGCCUAGAGCUGUAAGCGUCUGAUCUAGUAUGAUCUUUCGCCCGCUGCUUCCUGCUCUUAUAACGACCUUCUAAAUAACAUACCCCCUCCCCUGUCCUGUCCUGUCCUGUUCUGGCUUUCGCUUUCGUUUGAUGAUAUAUGUGGUGUCCCCUCAAUCUGUCUGGGGAGUGUUCUGGUCUUGUAACAUAUCGUACUACCAUUGUACCUUUCUUGAAAUACAAUUUCUAGAGUGAUG